UUAUAAAGAUGGCAGCCUCCUUAGGGCUGCUAUGCUUAUGAAACAGCUGUAUUUGAUAAAGCAAUGACCAUCAAAUCAAAUUAGGAAAAGAAAAACUAUUAAAAAUGCCUAGAAAGUGUGCUGGAUGUGAUAAAAAUGCAAUAUUGAAGAGACCUAAAACAGCUGAUGCACUGUGUAAGGAAUGUUUCUUUUGGGCCUUUGAGGAGGAAAUCCACCACACCAUCCAACAUGCAAACCUGUUCUCUCCAGGUGAUACAGUGGCCAUUGGUGCCUCAGGUGGGAAAGACUCUACAGUACUGGCACACACCAUGAAAAUCUUGAAUGAACGUCACAAGUAUGGCCUGAAUCUGAUACUGCUCUCUGUGGACGAAGGCAUCACUGGGUACAGGGAUGAUUCUCUAGAGACUGUGAAGAGGAACCAGCAACAGUAUGACCUGCCAUUGACCAUUGUUUCCUAUGAGGAACUUUAUGGAUGGACCAUGGAUGCAAUAGUUCAACAGAUUGGCCUAAAAAAUAACUGUACAUUCUGUGGGGUAUUCAGGAGACAGGCUUUGGACAGGGGAGCAAUGAAGCUUGGGGCCACUAAAAUUGUUACAGGGCACAAUGCUGAUGACAUAGCAGAAACAGUCAUAAUGAAUGUCCUGCGUGGAGACAUAGCUAGGCUGCGUAGGUGUACAGCCAUUACGACAGGCACUGAUGGUUAUCUACCAAGAUGCAAGCCUUUUAAAUAUACUUAUGAAAAAGAAAUUGUAAUGUAUGCUUACUUCAAGAAGCUUGACUACUUCUCAACAGAGUGUAUCUACUCACCAAAUGCCUACAGGGGAUUUGCACGAGCGUACAUAAAAGACCUUGAAAAAAUUAGACCAAGUUCAAUUAUUGAUAUUAUUCACAGUGGAGAAAGUUUGUGUGUGAAAAAAGAAGUGCGGAUGCCAGUUCAAACUAUUUGCAAGAGGUGCAACUUCAUCUCCAGUAAUGAAGUGUGUAAAGCCUGUGUCAUGUUGGAAGGUCUGAACAAGGGAAGACCCAGGCUUGGUAUAGGAAAAAUACAUAAAGAAAGGAGGAAGUGGGAAGAGGAGCUAGAACAGCAGGCAAAGAGUUUAUCACUACAAAAUUCAGGCACUGAUUGUACUAUCAGUUCAUCCAGCAAGACUAGAUGUUGUACCAGUUCAUCCAGCAAGACCAGGUGUUGUACUAGUUCAUCCAGCAAGACUAGAUGUUGUACCAGUUCAUCCAGCAACCAAAGAUGCUGUUCAGCACAAGAUGGCUCCUGUCAGAGGGGUCAGCAGACAGACCUUGGCAGCAGACAAUCAGACAAAGAUAGCCUCCCAUCCUCCAAUGAUCAAAUGACAAGUAUAAACUUGUGACAAUAGGUUUUGGUGCCAUUGCUUAGCCUAACAUUAAAAUAAGAAUCAUGUAGUAAUAUUGUUUCUUGAAUUUAUAAUGUAUUUACUUCAAUGAGUAUAGGUGUUAUGACUGAAGAUCAACAGUUUUUUUUUCUGAUGGUAAAAAUGAGCUGGCCUAAGGGGAU